AUGGAGUCCGGUAUCAAUGUUCAGCGUAGUGUUUGGCUAUUGGAUAUGCGGCUGACAGUUUCCCAGAUCGAUUUUGACUCCUUCAUGAGAAUACCACCUCGGAUCAGAAAAAGAUUCCUGUGGGAUAUAUCCACAGUCACAGGGGCUCCCACUCACGAUAUUACCUCCGUUCUGGCUUCCGCUCGAGCUUUCGUUGAAAAGCACCUGUCGCUUCGCCCAGAACUUCAAAGAUCGCAGAUUCCGUCGCAAGUGCCGAGCAGGCUCCCACCGCUGAUGCUAGGCCGUGUUGACGUGAACACCCUGGAUACUCAUGGUCAAACGCCUCUUCUCAGAGCAUGUCAAGCGGGUGCAACUGAUCUUGUUCUCGGACUCCUAUCGCAAGGAGCCAGAGCAAACAUAUGUGGUCCCAAGCAGAUGUCUCCUCUCCACUGGCUUCAUUCUUUUCAAGAGCCACAGCUCUCGGAGAUAGCACGACGUCUGGUAAGAGCUGGUGCGCGGGUAGAAGCGCAAUGUACCCCCAAUCUUCAGGGAGUGGGCACUGGAGACAUCUCCGAGGCCAUUCUUGAUUCUGGCACUCCUUUACACCAUGCUGCUAUUUACAAUAACGUUGAAGCAGUCAACUGCCUGAUCCGUCUAGGAGCCUCUCCCACUCGAAAAAGUCGCGCGGCUCCACACUACAGCCCGUUGAUACUCGCAUGCGCUCUCCACCUAACGACCCCCAAGUUGCCUGUCUCCAAAGGAUUGCAACACUCGUCAGUUCAUACAUGCGUUGACAAUGCUCGCCUUACGGCUAAAAUGCAUAGUUCCUCUCUCGGUGCUGUGUCGAUUCUUGAACUGAUGCUGAGUGGGUCUUCGGAAUACCGCCCGAACAGCAUCUAUACCGUCCCUAAGCCAGAGAGACUUCCAACAUUCGUGUUGCAUUGUACGGAGCUGCGUCAAAAACUGUAUGGUGACGCUUCAGCAGCACGCAACCCUCUCCACGCCACAAUCGACCUUCUGCUCCGAUACGGAGAAAAGCUGGUGGAUACUGCACGAGGGUAUAGUCUUUUGCACCUAGCAGCUAGUGUAGGCGACUUAGAUACUGUGCAAUACCUCAUUCAGACACAUCAAAAAGAUUGCGUAAACCUCACUUUUAAGCUGGGGAAGUCAUUCUGGCAGCCGCCUCUUUACUACGCCCUAGCUAAUGGGCACACGGAAAUCUUCGACUACCUCCUCAGGAAUGGAGCGGAUCCAUUUCAAAGGUUUCAGACAGAUCUCAUUGUACCGCGGCAGAAGGAUCCGUCUCGGUCUACUACUGAUGUCUCAUUCUUGCGUGGCCCCAGGUCGACUUAUCUCCAUCUUUGUCCAGGCAUUGGGACUGGGAUUAGUGACGGUUUGACGAUUCUUGGUCACCUUGCAGAGGAUGGCUUCAUGGCUCCCUACGCUGCCUAUGAUUAUGUGCUGAAAGCACAAGCGAAAUAUGGGCCUAUCGGCGCCGCAGGGUUUAUGUCCGAGUAUGAUAAAUACAAGACGUAUCUCCACAACCUGGUCGAAUCCUGGAGUGUUUCGCGCAACGGCGCGUGGACUGAGGUUCUGUUGGGCCUCUUCCUCAAACGCCUUCCUCACCAGGACUUAGUUAACGUCCAAGCUGAUGGGACCGGUGCUACGCCGCUCAUGCUCGCCAUAAAAUCCAUAAAUGUCCACGCAACAAGGAUGCUACUUGAGUGGGGUGCUGACCCGAACAUCCCAGACUUCCACAAUGGUACGCCGAGCGAUGCGGUGAUACACGCUGUUUACGAUCGAAUGUCCAGAUACGACAUCACAUUCAGGGACCUUGAAGAAACCCGGAGAAUCCCACGAUCAAAACGCACAGUUUUCAAGGAACUAUCUGAUCUGGAGGAAAUAUAUCGAAUCCUCGACACAUAUGGCGGCAAGUUGAUGAGAGACCUUCCGCCUUGGUCGAAGGACUUCGAGAUGCCACCAAGUCGAUGGUCCAGCAUGCGUCUCAGACAACAGCUGCUUGGUAUCGAUCUGAAGAGUAUCAACACUCGCAUAUGCACUACCGAUGGCCCGAUGCAGAGAUUCUGCGACGAAAUCGAAACCGAAAUCAAAGUGCAGCUUGGACGAGAUGCUCUGCCCGAGCAAACCGCUUUCCAAAUCAUUUCUGAGACGAUCGCAUCCCACAUGGCGCUGGCACCUGAAGCUGCUCAAUCCACGCAACGACUUCAUCAGCUCCAAUGUUACCUUGCUGAAAUGCUGUCAAAGUAUGGUGCUGCCUUGCAUUUGAGCUUUGACGAUUUUUCCCACGAGUGGACGAUCGAGUUGAACCCUCUUUCGAUUGGGACCGAGCAUCGUGGUAUUUCUAUCCUUGUUCCGCGCGGAACAAACGGGGUUCACUCAACUCGGGUGCGCAUUGUGCCGGAGCACGAAUUCUGUCCUGCGACACGGAGGGCAGACGUGAGUAAAAUAACCGAGGACGAGACAGCCCUCAUGACAUUUGUUGUGGAUGAACCACCGCUUUCUAUGUGGAAUCCGUCAGAGAUGAACCCUGUUCCCAAAAGGUCGAACAAGUCUUACCUCCCCGGAGAAAGCCGGGGUAUCGGUCGAGGCGAGAAAUCCAAAGACAAGAAACCUGGAAAGAAUUUGGGACCGAUCGCCUCUCUACGCCUUCAAGUGCUUCUACCGCCUCAUGGAUACCAAGUUGUUGUCGGUCCGGAAGAUGAGCUCGGAUCGUUAUUUUUCUCCGAUCAAGAACCGCUUCCAGAAGGUCAUCGAGUAAUGAUCACGGCCUUGGGUGAAAUUGGUCUCGUUUUUUCUCUUACCGUCGGGACCAAAGAAGGGCCGGCAAGACAGCCUCUCACCAGGGCCGUACCGAAUGGACACUACUAUUCGGAGGAGGACGAAAGAAGAUGGAAUUUGAUGUACCGGAACGACAGAUCCUUGGAAACAAGAACGGACUGGACUUUAUUUGGGACCCGUGUACCUCCUAAACUCGGUCGACGGAGUGCUCGCGACACCCGCCUCUCAGCGCCGGCUCCCUUCGACGACCGGCGCAACAGAGGACCCGGCGUACCUCUUUUCACGAACUCAGAAGCCACCGUGCCUCCUCCUCGCGGGGAGCCUUCCCCAAAACUUGUGCGGCCCGGCUCUACCACUCAACCAAAGGUGCAGACAGCCCCGCGAUCGUCAACGUCGCCCGAGCUUGGGCGCCCACUGCGAAUGCAUGCAUCGGCAAAAGACGCCUCAACUCGGCCCUUGCAAGCGGAAAGGAGCACUGCUGCCGACGAAGAGCUCUCGAGUCUUUUGAGAAGCAUCCCUUUGGUCGUCAUAACUGGGAACAGUAGCAGCAACGGCACCGGUCCAGGGGUAAACUCCUCCGUGAGCAAUGAGUUCGCGUCAAUGCUCGCCAGCAGAGGACGUGCCACCGUCAUCAACGUAUCCAACGCGGACGCCAGUGAGGAGGACAUCCGCAAACUUGCCUCCGAAGCGGUGGACCGCGAUAGAAAGAGGAAAGAAGCAAAUGAAGCCCGUGGAGUCCCAGAAGGGAAGUUGUGGUGGGAGAUGUGA